UUGAGAGCAAAGAGACGGAGGCUGCACGGGCAGAACCACGGUGCUGAAAAUGACGCGUUGCCGCGGCUUUUAGCGCACUGCCCGCUGUUUUAGCGCCAUGCCGUGGCUCGUGUCCUCGCAGCUCGAGCGGAUCUCCUCCUCGCCGUCGGAGCGGCAGUGCGAGCGGACCUCCUUCUCCUUCUACUGCGCGGUGCGGGACCUCCUGCCGGUGUGGCUCCUGGAGGACAUGCGCUGCAUGGAGGUCUUCUGCUGGGAGGACGGACACGCGCGCGCUUUCGCGCCCUCCGAGGCGCUGCUGUACGCGCUCGUGCACGACCACCAGGACUACGCCCGUUACCUGCUGAACAGGUACGCCGUGAGCGCGCUCACGGCGUCGCGCUGCAGCUUCUGCCGCCGCGGACCCGUCGGCGCGCCGCACCUGAAGGUGGCCGUGCGCUACAACCGCGUGUCCAUCCUCGCCAUGAUCGUGGAGGCGCUGAAGAACGGCUCGGCCGAGAGCGUGCGCCGGGACUACCUGAACAGCUGCGGCGGGUGUGCGCACGUUGCGGACGCGGGGAAAACGGCGGUCCAGCUCGCGUGCGAACUGGCGCGGCCGGAGUGCCUGUUGGUGCUGCUGGUGCACGGCGCGAGCGCGGACGGCGUGGACGCGCUGCUGCAGCAGCUGCAGCAGGAAAGGUGCAGCGCGCCGGAGCGCCGCUGCCUGGACUUCAUGCUCCUGUUUGUGCCCAAAUUGCCCGAACCGCGUUGCCUGCGGGACGAUCCGCAGCGCUGGCAAAAACUGCUGGGAAACGACGUCUUCAGCUGGCUGUCGGGUCUGGCCCCGCCCACCUUGCUGCUGCAGGCCCUGAGGGCUUUGGCCCGGGGCAUCCCGGGUCAGAUCGCAGCCCUGCCCGAAUCUCUACAGACGCUCAGCUGGCAGCACUGAGAUGCUGAGGAUGCUGUGGUCACCAUGGAAACCAAGGCUACACCAAUCCUCUGGACUGAAGUGACUCGCUGUGUUUGCACUUUGCCAUGGACCUGUCUGUUGAUGUAAAUAAAAUGUAAAUAAAAUAUUGUUUAUAUUGUUCAUGUUGAUCUGAUUAUUGA